GGCGCUUCCGUAUUUUGCGAUAGACUUCCGCGCAUGCGCAGAUUCUUUGACCUACACAGUCGCAGGAGAAAAUGGCCGCGCUUGGACUGGGGCUGCAGGUGCGUCAGUUGAGCACGUCGGUGGUCCGACCUGUAGCAAAGCUGAUUAAGCCCCCCAUCCAGGUGUAUGGUGUGAAGGGCCGUUACGCCACCGCUCUGUUUUCUGCAGCCAGCAAGCAGAAGAAUCUGGAAAAGGUGGAGCAAGAGCUGGGCCGCGUCGCUAGCCUGAUCAAGGAUCCGAAGUUGUCCAGCAUUGUGUUGAACCCCCACGUCAAGCGUAGUAUUAAACAGAAGACUUUCACCGAUGCUUUGAACAAGGCCAAGCUCUCUCCAAUCACAAUCAACCUCAUCAAUGUGCUGGCUGAUAAUGGCCGUCUAUCCCUGACCGCUGAUGUCAUUACUGCUUUUGGCCAGAUGAUGAGCGCUCACAGAGGAGAGGUCACCUGCUCAGUCACCACUGCUCAGCCCCUGGAUGAGGCUAGCCUUGCUGAGUUAAAGGUAGCGCUCAACGGGUUCUUGGCAAAGGGAGAGUCCAUCAAGCUUGAGACCAAGUGUGAUCCUUCCAUUCUCGGUGGUAUGAUCGUCAGUAUCGGUGAUAAAUACGCAGACAUGUCCACCAAGUCAAAGAUCCAGAAGCUCACCAAGCUGAUCAGGGAGACUUAAGUCCUGUGGACUGACCAGAACCAGUCAAAUGUACUUACAUGUGACUGAACUAUUGUGUCCUCGUGUCGAUAAUAAUAAAUAAUCUGUAACAUUUAA